GGAAAAUUGCCCAAAACCACGAUUCUUUUAUAGAGUAGGACUCAUCCAAGAAAGCUCUAGGGUUCAUACCGUACUAAGCUUACUACCAUGUCCCCUGAAACCAAUCCAGUGCAGAAUAUUGCGGGAGAUGAAGCUGCGGCUGCCGCAGAAAAGCAAAAGCAAACUAAAGGUCUCACUGAUUUGGCAACGAUGAAGCAGCUGUCAUCUUCAGGGCAUGAGGCAAAGGCCAGAAGACAGAAAUAGCGGAUGUUUCAC